AUGGCAUCGCGAAGCCGGAAGGCCUUCUAUCAACAAUCUCUAUUUGCAGUUUUGCUCAGCCUACACACCGCCUACGCCCAGGUCGGCACCGUGACCCAAGACAUAACCACCAUCUCCGCGUUCCCGCUCCAGAAAGACUGCGCGCAAUCCUGCUUCGUGCGCACCGGCGCCUGCCCCUACGAUGUCCUCGGCAGCGAAAUCGGAUGCGCAACCGUUGGCGGAUGUCGCAAUUCGGGGUGGCAGGCUACGAACGACUGCUACUGUCGCCCGGAUCUGCAAGUGCCGGCCCAGAGCUAUCUGACUAGUUGCAUCGAAUACUACUGCUCAGUCGGCGAUUAUUCGAUCGACGCGAGUACAGCAGGCGGCAUCUAUGCGCAGUACUGUAGCGAGAAGGGAUAUACAUCUCAGGCGGCGCCGGCAACUGUGGAGGCGACGACGACCGGAGGCGCGUCAGGAGGGACGAAGACAGCAGGAGGCGUGGGAGGCGUAACUGGACCGACGGCCACAUCGACAUCGUCGAGCUCGUCGAGCUCCAAGUCCCUAUCCAUAACCGAGAUCAUCGGGAUCGUGGUCGGCAGCUUGGCCGCAUUGAUCUUCCUGCUGGUAAUUGGGAAAUACGUGCUCAAGACCUGCGCCGGCACGCGGCCGCCGAAAGUACAACAAUGGCCACAUUACCAACAGCCACCUCCUCCGCCGGUCCAGCAGCAGCAACCCAUCUAUCCGCAAAUGCCGCAGAGCUAUUACGGCGCGCCGACCUUCCCGCAGCGUGAUGCGGAUGAUAUCGGGCCGGAUGACUCUGUCUCGAUGGUGUCCGGGAUGCCGAGACCGGCGCCCACGCUAUUGUCGGGGAUGCAGGGCCCGCCGCCGAGAUACUAG